UAUAGCCAAUGAUGCUGUAAAAUAACUCACAAGAAUAAAAAUAAAAAGAAAAAAAUACAUUUCAGAAUCCCAAUUAUAUAAAGAAACAAGAAAGAUGGAAAUGAUCACUAAGUUGCUUGUGGUGGUUUUCGUAGGAGUUGUGUGUGCCAAUGCCGCAAGGCAUCUCCCUGAAUAUACCAAAUUCAUGGACAAACAUUUAUUAGAAGUUGAGCCUAAUUGUGCCGCUGGUGGGGGUGGAGGUGGUGGCGGAGGAGCUACCGUUGAAGGUGGUACGGACAACGGAACCAACGAUAGAGCGAACGGCAACGGAGAUGCGAAUGGAAACGGGAAUGGGAAUGGACGUGCCGACUGUCUCGGAGGCGUAGAAGUUGGAGGUGGCGGUGGUGGUGGAGGCGGAGGUGGAGCCGGUGGCGGUUCUGGCGGUAGUACUGGUAGUUAUUUUAACGGAAGUGGUAGCGGUAUGGGUUAUGGAAGCGGUAAUGGUAGUGUCAGUAGCACUGGCGAGUAUUCGGCAAGCGGAGGUGGUGGCGGCAGUGGUCAAGGUAGUGGCGGUGGUGGUGGCGGUGAUGGUAGUAGUGGUAGCAGCAGCGGAAGCGGAAGUGGUAGUGGCAGCGGAAGUGGAACCGCUAUGGGCCCUGGUGUGUACAUAAGUGUAAGUGGUGGAGGCGGCGGUGGCGGUGGUGGAGGUGGAGGUGGAGGCGGUGGUGGUAUUGGUGCUAGCGGAAGCGGCAGCGGUAGUGGCAGCGGUAGCGGAAGCGGCACUGGCCAUUCUUAACGUUUACAUGGUAUCUAGUCUUAUGUGUGUGCGUGUCCUUAACGUCAGCUUCGAUUUAUAACAUUCUUAUCAUUGGGUGAUCAUCUCUUUAAUAUCAUGCUCGUGUUGUGUAAUGUUUCGUUUUUACAGUUAUAUUCUGGCAUAGUUAAAUAACUUUUGAAAUAUAUAAAAAUGCAAAAGAAAGAAAUAAAUAAAUUUCUGGA